UUACACGUCACAUGAGAACAAGUGAGUGGUAGUUAGGUCACGUUUGGGUGAUUGUUAUAGUUCGACGAUUUGUUUUUUUGAGACCCUUCCGUUUAAUUAGAGGAAUGAAGAUUUGCGGUCCGAAGCUCUCCCUGUGUGGACUAAUAAUUAGUGUGUGGGGUAUCUUUCAGUUGGUAUUAAUGGGCAUAUUUUAUUAUGUGAAAAGCAUAGCAUUAUCUGAAGAUCUCCCUGGUGUUGAAAGCGAAGGCGGUUUUGAAUCACCAGAAGAUUUCUAUAAGAUUGCUGAUAGAGGUUACAUACAAAAUGCAUAUAACUGUUGGAUUGCAGCAUGUCUUUACAUCUUUACAUUGGUUAUAUCAGGCCAUCAGUUUUAUGUCAACAGUCGUUCAUCUAUGAAUAUGUAAUUCCCUAAAUUUCAGUAAGCAGCUUUGUAAAGAUUCCAGACUGUUACGAAAUUAAAAUGUAGUUGACAAAUUAAAAUGCAAGUAUUCUGCAUAUGCAAUAUGAAGAAUACGAUCUUCCAGAAUACGUUCUUUUGUACAGUGUUGCUAGUGAUUGGUGAAAUAUCCUAUGUGGGACAGUAGACUAGAAAGAGUACUUUAGGAUUUCUCAUAUCAUUGGUCACGCCUAGUUUCCAGUGCAUGGAAGUUUGUUGAUAUAUUAAGCUUACCGUAACAUCCAUAUUCAAAGUAUUAAAGGUAGUUGCAAUGGAUGUGCUAUUCUUAACGUACUGUACAGAUAUGUGUGGAGUUUUAAUUUAAAAACAUUAUAAAAAGUUCCACUUCCUCUCAAUAUAUAUUAUAGCUUUGGUAAAAUGAUCACUAUUAACAUUAUAAUUUUUGUUCUGGUGUAUAAUAUUCACAUUUUCAAUGACUUAUCAUGUUCAAACUUUGAAUGGGAAUAAAUUGUGUAAAUUAGAUGUGGUGUAAUCAUUUACAUUUAUCUCUUUUUAAUUGUACAUAAAAUCUGUUAUACUUAUUCACAAGUUUCUGUGAAGCCAGUUCAAUAUUACCAAUAUGGACACUUGUUUUGUCAUCACCCGGUGAACUUUACAAUAACGGCAAAGAGGAAACAUGUUAUUUUAAUAAUAAAUUUUGUUUGUUUAUUGCUGAACUAAAACCUCUUUCAUUUACUUAUUAAACAUCUUUUUGAGUUUAAAAAUGAUAUAUAUUUUUAGUAAAUGCAUUAAUUUAUUGAAAAACAUUUAAUAAUAAUAAUAAUUUGCUGUAAGUUAACUUUUCACUAUUCUGAGUAGAUGAGGGAGGAAACAAUUGGAAAUCUUUGAGAGGCAGCUGUUCUAUGCAUAAUAUUAAUAAUAGAGUUUUGAAACAAGAAGCACAUCUGUCCUUGGGAUUAUAUAGCCAGAUUUUAAUGUAAAAUUUUGGCUUUCUGAUAUAAAUUAUGUAGUGUUGAGUGUGGUCCAAUGCUUUGGCAAGCAGCGCAUUUGCUGCCUUUACCAUGUUAUACAUGAUAAGCGUUUAAUAGGUGUGAUGAUGAUACUGUUUCCUAGUACAAAGAAUUAUAAUUGAAUCAAAUUUAAUCAUUGUUUAGUGUCUGCACAUGUGCUUCAGUCAAGUAAGUAAAAUUGUAGUCCUCAAUAAAUGCUACAAUAUUUGCAUAUUUAAUGAAUUAGCUUACUUUCUGUGUAAAUAAUUUAGAGUUGACUCAUUAACUUGAAUGGAAGCAAAAUUAUUUGAAAGUCUUAUCCAGGCACUUGUCCAUACAUCUGUAGUUUCCAGGAUUCUAAAUUUGUAGUUCUGGUUGGAAAAUGUUACUAUUAACAUUCCAAAUCCAUUGUAAUUAUUUAAGUGUUGAAUAUGUGAUCUUGGAUGUUUCAUUUCUAGGUAGUAAAAUGGUAUGCUAUAAAGCAACAUCACUGCAGUAUAAUUACGAACAUUUUAAGGUUGGAAGACGUUAGUUUGAUUAGCAGGAUGAAUGUUAAUCCGUUGAUAUCACAGGACAUUUAAAUAUUAAGAUCCCAUAAUGCAAAACUUUAAUAAAACAAUGCAGAAUUUCACAGUUCAGCAUGGCUGUCUAGGCUAGUCUAUGUUGUAAUUAUAUUAUUGAAACCCAUGAGAUGACAGCACAUCUAUUUUUAGCACAAAGACUAAUAAACUAUAACUCCAAGCAGUGAUAUGAAGCACAUUUAGAAGCAUAACUUUUAUAUUUACAGUCAAACAUAUUUUUAUCCAUACACCAAAUGGAAGUGUUUAGACUACACUACUAUAUCCUUGCAUUCUAUAAUGUUUAUGAAUGGCAAAUUCAGAGCGCAAAGAAGCUGGUAAAUUUUUUUCCACUCAUAACCAUUAUUUAAACACUAAUAAAGCCACCAAAUGAUGGCUUAAAAAAAAUUCACAAAUGAAUACUAGGCGUGAGAGCCUUAUCUAUGAAGCCAUGUAAUUACAUUCCGAGUAACAGCAGAGGCAUGCGAGCAAGAAUGGGUUAAGUGAGAUGCUACAUAGGUCAGUGGCUCUUCAACUGAUGUUAGCAUAUGGCAGCCAGGAGUAAGUAGGGUGUAUUGAGGUCAGUGUCAGAAGUGUUAAAGGGUCUGCAGUAAUAAGAAUGACUUGACUGGAAAUAUGUCUGUUGGCUUUCAGACUGUACUUAGUAAUGAAGGAGACAUGAAAUAAAGCAGUGCUGGAGAAUGUAACCUUAACUAGCACCAUUUUUAUCACAAUGGUCUUCAUCCUUUGUACAUUAUUAAAAACAUUUAUGUGCAGUUUAAAGUGACAUUAUAAACCAAAGUUAUCACUUCUAUUUGGCAGUCUACAGAGAGGAAGGAAAUACAUGUUUCUUUAUGCUCUAUGAAUUUCAGUAUAUUCAGCAUUUAAUGAAAUGUAGUGACUGUGGGUUCAUAAACCUUUUAUCUGUUGAGUCAGAAAGACGGAUGUGUUUGUGAAAACAUGUAAUUACAUGUGUAUAUUUGUAAAAUAAACGUAUGAAUAUA